CGUCGUUCUCGAAUCUUGUCUCUUCUUUCUUCAUCUUCUUCUCCCUUCUCUCUGUCCCUUAUCCCUACAUUCAUUCAUUCAACACAACGUUCCCAUGGACCAAUCUUGGGAAAAUUGGCCUCUUCAUUCGGAAUUUGGUGAUGAUGAAGAAUUUUUGAGAGACAUAAUAUUGCAGCCACCUGUUACAUAUUCUGGAAGCAGUUUAUCAUCAUCUUCUAAUGAGAUGGACGGUUCAGAUUGGUCAGGAAAAAAGGUUCAUAACCCUUCAACAACGUUGUCAAGUAACACUCCUAGUCCUAGGACAUUUAUUUUGUCUUUUGAUAAAUCAACAAUAAUACCAGCUACUACUACACAAGAUGAAGAUGAAGAUGAAGAAAAAGAAGAACCACGAAUUAAAAGUAGAAGCUGUGGAAAAUCUAAUAAUGAUAAUAAGAGGAGUUUGGAAUUACCAAAAGUGAAAGUGAGUAGUAGUACAAAAAGUGGAAAAAAAAGUAGAAGUGAUUCUCAGUGUAUGGAUCACAUUAUGGCUGAGAGAAAAAGGAGAUUGGAAAUAGCACAAAAGUUCAUUGCACUUUCAGCUACUAUUCCUGGCUUGAAGAAGACGGACAAGACCUCUAUACUUUGCGAAGCAAUUAAUUAUGUGAAGGUACUUCAAGAACGUGUGAAGGAGCUAGAGGAACCAAACAAGAAGAGCAAAGAAUCAACAAUAAACCUAAAAACAAAUGAGAAAUCAGUCGUUGAUGUCAAAGCAAGAGUUUUGGGAAAUGAGGUACUCAUUGAGAUGCAUUGUGAGAAGGAAAAUGGCAUUGAGCUCAAAAUAUUGAACCAUCUUCAAAAUCUUCAUUUGAUUGUCACUGCAAGCACUGUAUUUCCUUUUGGGAAUUCAAAUCUUGGCUUUACUAUUGUUGCUCAGAUGGGUGAUGGGUACAAAUUGACAGUGGAUGAUCUGGUGAAAACCCUACAGCAAGUGCCUUUGAUUAAUAUGAGGAGGAGGAAAGAGACCAUCAAUAAAUUAGAAUUCGGUCAUAAGUUACAGGAAAUGGAUAUUGAAAAUUGGUUGGAGAUGUGCCAAGAAGAAGACUACCUUGGUGACUACAUGGUACAUGAUCAAUUGUCUUUAGAAGCCCCGGCCAUGGCCGGGGCAGCCACAGAAAAUACACUACAAGAAAUUUGCCACAUACCAUCGGUAGUUUCUAGUGAGAUGACGAAGCAGCUACCUCAUCCGUCCACAUCCUCUAAAACUUGCACUGUCCCUUUUGAUAAUUCUGCAGUUAUACCAUUAAAAUCAUCUGUGAUAUCGUCCAAACCACCGCGUCCUCCAUGUUCAGCAAAAAAGAGGACUUCUGAGAAACUAAAGAGCUCAGAAGCAAAAGCAAUUACGAAAGAAGGAGAAAAGAAGAUUAUGGUAGAGAGGAAAAGGAGACUUGAACUCGCACACAUGUUCAAAGAGCUUUCAGCUACAAUUCCUCGCUUCAAGAAGACAGACAAAGCUUCUAUAGUUAUGGGAGCUAUCAAUCACGUGGAACAACUCAAAAAACGAGUGAAGGAGUUAGAACAGCAAAACAAUAGAGGCAAAGAACCUAUAACACUCCACAAUGAAUUGCUCCCUUAUGUCAAAGCAAAAGUGUUGGACAAAAAUAUACUCAUUUACAUCAAUUGUGAGAAACAAAAUGGCAUUGAACUCAACAUAUUAGAAAUGCUUGAAAAUCUUCAUUUGUUUGUCACCAGCACCAGCGUAUUGCCGUUUGGUAGUUCAACUCUUGGCAUCACUAUCAUUGCCAAGAUGGACGAUGCAUACAAAAUGAAGAUGGUCGAUCUAGUGGAUAACAUAAGGCAAUUGUUGUCGAAUGGUUCUGCAAAUCAUCCGACAUGAUGACGUAAUCUUGUACUCUGGUAUAUUAUUCGAAUUUUUUUUUCGCGGUCAUA